AGUCAGCUACGUGCAGUCGUCCGCGACGCCCGUGCCGCGCGACGCCGUAACGCGUCUCUCUAACAUCGCGAAAAAAGUUUACACACGAAACUUUCCCUUAGACUUUCCUUUCAACCCUUGUAUUGUUGAAGUGGAACUGUCUCGAGACCCCACGAGGGGCCAUAGUGACCUUUUCUUCCAAACCGGAUUUUCUGUAUCCUCAGGAACGGGUUUAGGCUCGGACCCCGCCGUGGCAGGACUUUCGUGAAGUGCUAACUUGAUUUUCAGAGUGGUGUUGUUCAGUGUCAGUGACUGGAUAUUAUUGUAUGCUCGUACCAUUUUAGGAAAAGGACUGGACUUCAUAAAAAACAGUUCUUAAGGUCGGCGACUGAGUAAAAGUGCUGUUAAAAUUUUCUAACAUGCCGCCGCCUCUGUAGGCAUGAGCGUCCGCGGCGCGGGGGGGCAGCGCUGCCAGCUGAUCUUGCAGCGUUGCCUCGCGAUACACCUCACCAAGCCCGGCAACGCCCCAGAUGACUUCUGGAUGUACGACUCUGGAUACUUACUCUUCCAGAGUUUCCUCGCUGCGAACGCAAAAUGUUGGUGGGCGGGCGCAUUAGCGGCAGCUACGGCGGAGCUCAGGUACGCGGGAUACGUGUCCCCCGGGGUGCUGCUGGUAGCGGGGGCGCCCCGCGCGCUUGAGACCGUGCGGGGCGCGUACGCCCGCUCUGUACUCAAGCCACCCGCCACCUACCUCAUAUGUGGUCUAGGAGACAUCGAAGACUGCAUAGUAACCCCAGCGUACCAAGGCCAGUUUACACCGCUGCCAGAGGCGUUAUGUGAUUGCAUUAUGGACCUAACGUCACAGGGGCAAUCAGCGACACUAGAGAGCAUAAGAACGUCUCUCUCAGCGAAAUUCCCAUCGAUGCAGACACCCUCACAGGAAGUGGUGUACGACACGCUAGCGCAGCUCAUGCAGGAAAGGAAGAUCUAUCAGACCUCGAGGGGGUUUUUCAUAGUCACACCUGAACGACGCCGCUCAAGGUCACGCUCGUCAUCCCGACACGCCAACGGAUUAGACGAAGACUGUUCACCACGCACCAUCCUCAUGUCGGAUCAGGAGGCGUUGCACCAGCUCUACGGAGAAAUCACCACGGUCAGGGACGGCGCCAUCACGCAUCAGUGCGUGCAAACCAAUCUCGCGGAUGUCAUUUGUGGUGGCAACCCAAACGAUAAGAUCUUGUACGGUCGCCCGAAUAAGCGACGCAGCGCCUCCUUCCCGGCGCCGCGCUCCCUUGACCGACGCCACUCCCUCAGGAUCUUCGGCUCGUCCAGCAAGUACCUGCAACGAUGCGCCUCCACGAGAAGCCUUCAUCAUAAGAACGCCAACACAACAGACAGUUCGUCUUCCACCGAUUACCCGCCCAGUGUUGAAUCUGCAUCGCCCAAGAAAGUGUCCUUGCUGUCCCGCUUAUUCAGACGAAGCGGCCGCAGCAAGCAGACGCGAGCGAUGAGCACCUUCUCUGCCCAGUUCCCGCCCACCGAGUGGUUCAACUCAAAGGCGGUGCACCUACAUUGUGUCGCCACGCAGACCAACUCAAAGGAAUCAUUGCAGAGUCAGACAUCUUUCGUUUCAUCGUAUUAUGACGGUUCAGAGAUAAGUAAUCGGUCGUCGACUCUACCGAGGAGGCACAAGAGGCAUCUCUCAACCGAAUCAGGUUUAGCUGGGUCGGUACACUAUGACCACUCGCCAGUUCGCCAUUCCAGUCCCAGUUCUGGCAGUCUUCCCAGGUCAACGCUGAGUCGAAGUUCCACAAAUAAAACCAUUUUAGACCACUACGGUUCACCACAACGGAGCAGUGAUCCCAAAUUACGAGAAAGCCCAUGUGGGAGCCUGAGAAGAGUAGAUUACUCCAAUUCGGACAACAUAAUGUCAACCAGCGGUCCAUCGAGUCUCGAAAGUACGAGUACACACAGAACGCCUAGAAAAGAUAUUAGAAACGGGCAUUCAGAUCAAAACUCGCCUACAAAAAGAAACUACACAAGUGGAAGUAGCGGUCAUUCCAGUUUAGAGUCUCACAUAUCAGAUCGUACUUUAAAGCCUUCACCUAGUCAUAUAAACUCGCAUGGAGCGCCUGGUUUGAGUCGAGCGCAAUCCCUGGUCAAGGUGCAAAGUCUACAGAGUUCUCCGAAAAGUUUACACAAAUACCGAACUAAACCACCUCUAGUCGGAGGUGAAACGGUAAAAAACGGUAAAAAUACAUCACCUAGAAGUUCGCCAAAAAACUGUCCAAAUACACCUAAAAAAACCGCAACCCCUUUGCAUAAGACACUAGGGCAGAAAGCGGAGAACCCAUCUGCUACAAUGUUGGCAAGUUCCAACUCGAAUAAUUCUAUAACGCUUAAAGUUACCACUAAUACUAUAACUCAAAAUGGUGGAGGCACCAACACCAAAGUUUAUGUACAAAACUCGCCCGUAAGAUCAGUUAUUACUUUCGAAAAUGGUAAAGUCACUGAAACCAGUAAUGGUAGCAAUAUCUACAUAAUCAACGACGAUAGACAAGUUGUUUCAGUUUCCCAAAACGGUGUUUCAAAUCAAUCAACCAAAAAUCCCACUGAAACAUCAUUCGACGUAUGUGUCGAGAAAAAUAAAUACCAAGAACCUGAACCUGCGAAGGUGCAAGAGAAUAAGUUUAAUAAAAACUCGAUUAACGAUACGAGUAUGAAUAACAAUCGUAAACUAUCCCUGCAGAUAGGUGGUGCCACAAAUAAUAAUAGUUUCGUUUAUAAAAACCAAUUAAAUAACACUAACGAAGCCGCUUCCAAUCCCGCGUCACCGGCCAUCCACAAUAAUAUUCAUAGCAACGAAACAACUACGAAUAGCAAUCCAUCGACUCCUACCAAAAGCUAUGAUAAUAUAAUAGGUUCUUUAGGUAACUUGAGGUACCAAAAGAACUCUUUGUCCUCCACAAACACAGGAAUGCAAACCAAUAUCAACUCAAACAGUGAACUAAAAAGCGUUGACUUACUGAAGAAGGCGGCUGCUUUACAAAUGUUAAAUGGACUUCCCAACGCCAACAACCGUAUGAGUUCAGAUUCUAUAGCAAACUUGUUAACGAAAGCUAUCGACCAAAAACCUGUGGUAUUAGGAUCAGAACCAAACUUGGCACAAAAAAAUCAGGAUCAGAUAAAGGAUAUAAACACGUCAGCGGAAAAAUUAAACUGUUUAGAAAACAAACAGAAGAGAUACAGUCUAAGCCAGGAGAGCAAGAAGGAGAACCAGGACUUCUAUAAUUUUCCGAGCUUGAGCGAUUUGAGCUUUAAUUUUACUAGUUUAGCUGCUCAGAAGAUAUUGAAAGGGGUCAGUAUAAAUAGUGUUGACACUCUGGUCGAGUUAAACAUGGCCGCGAAUACAGAAAAACAGAAUAAUCGAGAUGUUGCGGCUGUCUGCACGGAUUUCGGUCUUGUAUAGUACUUAAAAAUUAAUAUUUUGUUAAAAUGUACAAUAUUAGCAUUAACCAUGUAUAAUUUAAGGUAGUUGUAUAUCAUAUUAUACGUAAUAACUAUUCAAGUUUAACAUUCUUAGGUACACCUGCAUAUUAAGUUGAAACCUUGUAAUCGAUUAAGAUUUUUGUACUUACUCCCCCAUCUUAUAAAAUUUAUCUCUUUUUACCACUGUAUCCUUCUAAUUACUUUAUAAUAUUUGUCAUAACUAACUUAUCAUCAAUCGUAUCAAAGUAGGUAUAAUAUAGAAGUGCUUAAUCGUAUACGAUGUAAUAAAAUUCGUAGUUUGUACCACUUUGAAAUAUAAGACAAUAAAGAAAACACACCAUCCAUGAAUAUGUGGCCUAAAAUUAAAACGUGCGUAAGCAAACUUAGUGAGGUACAAUUAAGACAAAAUUUCAUUUCACGUUAGAUUUAACAAAAUAAGUAAUUUAAAAAAGAACGCGCUUUGCACUCAGCACUACUUAUCGUGCCAUCAUCAAUUGCAGUGACGAAGUCGAGUACAAACUAGAAUACCUAAACUCCGUAUAACAUAUUCCAUCCAGCCAUGGGAAUUUAUAAGGACGUCUUUGUAAAAUGUAUGUCAUGUUUAAGUGCCAUAAUAAAACCAUAGUAUUACGCUUGUGAACGCACUAGGAGGGUAUUCCAGCAAAUCUGUUAUUGGUGUCCCAGUGAAAAAAGAAUAUGGUGAAGAUAUUACGCAACACUGAGAUUCUUACUGACUGGAAUAAUUUGCUGCUACGCUCUAGUUAACUACUGCCAUUUCAUUUUCUAACUGGAAACUUAUUUUCUUCACCUUUCUUGAUUUUGAAAAGGUCAUAUCGACGUUUAAAAGGCUAAUGAAUCUAAUAUACCUACUUACUUAUUUUGAAUUAAAAAACUAUAUAUAGUUAACUCAGUAUCUAAAAUUGGCGCUUAGAUCUAUUAUCUUUUCAAUCGUCGAUAUAUUUUGGUACAGUUUAAAAAAAAUCGCUGAAAUCCCAUUCUUCAGUAUGAUGGAAUACCGUCCAGUAUUAGGAAUUGGUUUCGGAAAAUUGGUAUCCAUUAGUAAACUGUAUUGAAAUACAGAAAAGGGUAAUAUUUAUUCAUUAGGGAAUGUAAUUGGAAGUCAUCAAUGCAUAUUAGUGAUAAGGGUUUAGUAACGCCAUUUGUAAAAAUGUAUUAACAAUAUAAGGUGAUGCUUU